GGAGUUCCGCUACUAAAGCAGAUAAAGUUUUUAAAAUUCCUUUUGUGCUUUCCCUUUGUCAAAAAAAACUUCUGUUCUGUUCGGUAUUUGCAGGGAAAAAAAAGAUAAUGUGUUUGCAAAAUCUAAGCAACAAAGCAAUGGCAGAGGGGGCAGGAGAAGAAAAGAAGAAAUUUUCAAUCUGGGAUUUGCCAGAUGUGCCAAUGGGUCAACUUCCACCGCAUCUUGAACUCCAACGAAGUCGUGUUUCAUGCAAUAAGGACGCCCCUAUCCAUACUGAGAGUAUUCAAUAUUCUGGCGCUUAUGCAUCGAUGGGAAUUGAUAAUAGUUCACGACUUGAUCGAUUCUCUAACAACUUUAGAGUUGAAGUGGUUCGACUCAAUGAAGAUGACAUGGAGUUUGAUAUGAUCGUUAUUGAUGCAGCUAUUGCCAAUUCAUUCAGGAGGAUCCUUAUAGCUGAGCUUCCUACAAUGGCAAUUGAAAAAGUUCUCAUUGCAAACAAAACAUCAAUAAUCCAAGAUGAAGUUCUUGCUCAUAGGUUGGGCCUCGUUCCAAUCCGUGUUGACCCAAGGCUUUUUGAUUAUCUUUCAGAAAAUGAUCAGGCAAAUGAAAAGAACACCAUUGUUUUCAAACUCCAUGUUCAGUGUAAAAGAGGUAGUCCACGUAUUACAGGGAUGAUGAAGAUGAUUUUGUUGCCAAGAUGAAGGCAGUUGAGGAAGCCUUAGAAGCAAAACAAAAAGUGCUACAGGUGUCAUGGGUGCUUCUGUAUCGUAAUCGAACUAGAUGUGUAAUGAAAAACCCAAAAAUCAAUAAAGGUCAAAUCUGUACUAUCGACACCACAAGGCCAUGUGGUAGGCCGAUGGCUAGGUUAUGUGUGAGGCUGUGUGGUAUGCAAAAAUGUUAAGCCACACGAUUUGGACCAAUUGGGCCAUGUGUGAAGCUGUGUGGGCCACACGGAUUGGCCAAGUAGGCUGUGUGAGCCCAAAAAUAUAAAAAUUUUCCUAGGGUUUUAUAAGUUAUUCGAGUCGAAUGUAGGCCUUUCGUAUGGUCGGUAUGUUAUGAAUUAAACUAUAAAACAUGAAUUUUGAUUAUCUGAUAGCGUAAAUUUAGAUAUAUGUACGCAUGUUUGGAAUGAUAUGUGAUAAGUAAAUUUUGUAAUAUACUAUGUAUGAUCUGAAAAUUGUUGUGUAUGAUUUGUAACUGUUAUGAGAGCAUGUGUAUUCUAAUAUCUGAUAAAUUCUAUA